UGAGUUUUUAAGUUUAGAGCCGGUCACUGCGAAUUCCUCGGAUGAUGAUGAGCCGAUGGACUCGCCACCACGCUGAAACCACGCCGACAGCUCCUGUUGACACGCUUCCGUCGUUGACUGACUUGCAUAUGCAGCAGGAGACCAUUCGUCGCGACGAGGCCAAAAAAUGUAAGUACUACGAGAACCGUAGCCCUUUUCAUGCUUACAUUAACUUUUACAUUAGAAACAGAUUUUGGCGUAAGAAUAUUAAAAGAAAAAUAAUAUAUUCCCAAUUUUCCAAAAUCGAGAGCGGUUUACUGUUUACUAUGACAGACAGGUAAAAGUACUAGCAAUGAAGACGUACAUCGCCAUUUUAAAUGCAGAUGACUUGUUUAAAAGUCUCGUUGUGGUGAAACAGGUAUCUUGCGCUAUGUGAGAUCAGUGGAAGCUUAGAAUGACGAUUCAAUGUGAAUGAAUCAUGUUUUUACAGGAAUUGCUGACCACUCACAAACAUAAGUAUGAAAGGUGUGCGCAGAAGAACAUGAAAUGUCGCUGUGGACAUUUUAACAGGUCGACACUGUUACCCGCACCCAGGAGCGAGUAUACCAUUUUCAUGACUAAGCUGAAUGCCGCCGACAAUGAAUGGCAUGCAUCGGGACCCGCCCAUGUUGGUUGCACCAGAGUCAUCACCCUAGAAAAAUGGGUUGGUGGCAUGACUACACGAACUAUCGAUUGCUGGCUGGGCAUCAAUGUUUCAGAUCGAUUCAUAUCGCACAUCGUUGUCUCCGAGGCUGAUAGCAUAUUCAUUCGUGCAUCUGAUUCGCUGAAUCGCAACUGUAAUAGCUAGCACUCAAGCUUUGGCAUGCCUGCCUUAGUUCUUCAGCAGUGUAAGAGAUGCUUUUGCUGUUUCAUCUUCCCGUAGAGAUUCAUGUGUAAUCAAAUUGAAACGGCACAGCACACACAUCAAACUCUGCGGUGCGUGCAUCUCCAACAACUUUUGUAGCCGAUAUCACUUUUCUCUGCUGAGCAUUAAAUCUUCAUGCGCUUUGCUUAUACCCUUGACGAAUUGGCCCAUCUUGAAGAAGCCCAGGAGGCUCCUAGCAGCUUAAGCUACCUCGCACAAAUCGCAUCAUUACAUUACGGGGCCGACCUGUAUCUGCUGAUGUUAUCGGUCACGCAAACAGGCGGGGGGGCAUUGCUCUAUCAUCUGCACAUAAUUCCUGACGCGCCUGCUUCAGACAACCACUUGAGCUCUGGACCGCAAAAUGCGAAAAGAGCUAGAAAAUAGGUGCCCAAGACUGGGCGCGUCAGCACCACGCAUUUGUGAUAGCCCCGGUUCUGCAGACUUAUGCAUGCGGGCGGCUCCUAGCCACCGGCUUUACCUUGUGUUUUGUAGGGAUGUCUCUGGCGUUCCUUUUUUAAAAUAUAUAAAAUACGCUUUUUACUUGUACAAAGUAAGUGGACGACCAGAUGCCGUUCAUUGCCACAGAGAUAUAUCAAUAUAUCCAAGCCAUAUCCAGCGUCCACUUACUUUAACCAAGUAAAAUGCACAGCGAUGGUAUCGAACAUUCUUUGGACGCGCGCUUUCAAUAUUAAGACUUUGCCUUUUGCCUUCAAGAGCACAAGCAAGCAUCAACAUCGGGACCAUCACUCCGGUCCCACUUUCUUAAGCUUCAACAUCGCCA